GAAAUUCGAAAGAGCUGCCGGUUCAAAGCUGGACAAAAUCUUCCUUGUUAGGAACUCGUCUUUCUCCACGUUGUCGUUAGGCCUCCUCACCAAAUAUGACAGCCUGGAAAAAAACCACCAGCUGCCAAGGCUGACUGGCCCAAUGAGGAUGCAGCGACUCAGCCUCCAAGCCAACACCGCCAGUUCGAGGGGCGGGCGAGUAUUUCAACUGUUGGUUAUCUGCAUUCGGACUCCAGCAAAAGACAGCAAACCCAGUCCUACAUUGAGGUAUAAGAGCUGUAUCGCGAAUGCGAUGUCCCAAGCAAAAACCAAAGGUCAUCAAGAUGGUGACCACUCAACUCCCAAAUCAACGCUGCAUCAAGAAACCGAGAAGGUCUCAUCACAAGUCCAGAAAUGGAUGCUUCGAAUGCAAGCGGCGAAGAGUCAAGUGUGAUGAAUUGAGACCGUCGUGUACUCGAUGUACUGUGCUCCUGGACAAAUGCAUCUACCCGCCAGAACUACAGUCUACUACAAGCGGUCAGAGGGAUGAAUUGUCCCUACCGAGCUCGCCACGCAUCCUUUCUCCAUCCCCCAAUGCUUUACCAUACUCGGAACGAUCGCUAUCCUUCCAGGCAUCAAUGUACGCAACUGCACCAUGUGUUGAUGUAAACCCCUGCUCCACCGUUGCGAAGGGUCCUGAUGGCCCAACUGAUACCGAUCUGUUUAACCACUAUCUACAACAUACGAGCCGUACCUUGACUCUUUGCCAAAGAGAUCGAAGCGCAUUGCAGAUCGAAAUGCCAAAGCUAGCAUUGCAGAGCAGAACCGUCUUUCAUUCCAUUCUUGCGGUCUCCGCAGCCUGCCUAUGCCACGACAUGAUCUCAAAAGAGCCCGCUCCCGACACAAGUGCAGUCAAUCAAGUCCUAAUGACUGGCUAUCAACACUACAAUCUCGCGAGCGAACGGGUGAGAGAGUUGAUUUCAUCACCACGUUCUUUGAAGGCGGAACCGCUUUUGGCGAGUGCUGUGUUCCUGGUGCCGUUCGCCACUGCAAGUCAGCAGAUAAACCAUUGGAUCUCGAGCAGAAGUGAGGCAAAAGACUUAUCGGAGCCCACACUGCUCUCAACGACUCCAAGGGAUGCCAUAAUCAUCAUGCGAGCAAUACGAACGACGCUUCAAACUCUGCAUUGCGGCAGCUCAAGCCCAACCCUCGAACUAUCUCGAGAGAUGGAGCUGGUAACCGACAGUCCGUCCGCGGAAAUCACUAUCCCGCCAGCAGCUCUGGCCCCAUCACGCACUCAUGUCAUGGUUCCAAUACUCGCUGCCACCGUUCAAAGCGCUUUCGCUAAGCUUCAGCAAUGCCUCGACUCUGCUCUGCCCAAUCACAGCGAUGACCCCGAAGGGUUAUUGUCGGCCUGCGGCACCGCUUUCGAAAUCUUAAAGUAUAUCAGUAGCAAGACCUUCUCCGCAUCCAACGUAGCCUCCGCCUCAUCGCUCAGCAACCAGGUUGGAGAGCCUUUCGAGCCCGUACCAGUGCCACUACCGCAAGUAGCACUCUGGCUUCGCUCGUUUGCAAGAAGAGCCACGGAUCCACUGCCGACGGAACCACUGACAAGUCUCCUCCUCAGUUUCCUUGUUCAGGCUCCCCAGGCAUACCUCGACCUUGUUCUUCCCCUCCUCGAUCAAAGGCUCGAAAGCCCAAUUGGCGCUACAUCAGACGACAUUACCACAAAAUUAACCAGAGAGCAAGCUCUUGCGCUAGAUAUCUAUGCCCAUUGGUCCGUAUUGAUGUUCUUGGUGGAGGUGGACUCACGGUGGAUUGGCGACCUGCCAGUUGUGACGCUCGCCGGAAUGGUGAAUAGGUAUAGCGACGAUUUUGUGACCAAACUAUGGCCAAGAACAACUUCUAGGCAGGAGCCGUGGUGGCCGGGAAGUAUGCUGACCAUUUUCCGAGAAAUCAGGCGGCAUCGGUAAAUUAGGAUAGCGACUUUAGUAUUAUGGUUUAUGUAGGAAAAUGUAAAACGACCCCCUCCCCCGGGGGGUCGAUUGGGGCAGCGGUGUUGACGACUUGUAAUUGGCUACCUGAGCUCUUUAAAAAUCUUAAGUUAGAUUUUUAAUAAAAGUAUAGGCUAGUGUAUUACCGGUAUAACCCUUGUAUUAUAAUCACAUGCUUCCUAAC